AAAUAAACCGGUGAUCAUGUGACAGAAAAAUUAUCUCAUCAAAAGCAUUGAGAAAAUUUGAUCGAUUGAUGGUUAAUUGUUUUCUAAUUAAUUAGUGGGUUAUUUUUUUCUUUCUAAUUUUAUUUUGCUUUUGGAGAAUUGAUUGACUAGAAUAUCGUGUAAUAAACAAUCAGUGUCUCUUUGUGAUGGGUCGAUCGUUUGGUCUACCAUCUUAUUCCAGGAGACGACCUGCUUUUAGGUUUAUCUCUGCCAUCAUCACAUCUAAUCUUAUAUUGAGUCUUAUUCUUGAAGCUCUGGUUAUUGGUGUUACAACUGCUGCUUCUCCCUCAUCAAAAUCAUCGAAUAUUGAUUCUUACGAGGACAAUGAAUUUGCUGAAUUUGAAGAUUUUGAAGAAGAACCUGAUCAACCAAAGAUUCAACGACCUUUAGAAUCAGCUCAACCAUUGGACGAUUCAGGUGAAGAUGAUCUAAUGGAUACUGUUGUUGAAAAUGAAGAUGACGAGUUGGAUGUAAUCGAGGAAAAUGAUGAUUUUGAAACAAUUGCAAGUGAUGAUAAAAGUUCAUCUUCAAUACCUUCACCUUCACCUCAUAAACCAGAUAAUAUUGAAAUCACCAAAGUGCCAAUUCAUUUGCGAAAUAGUUGGGAAAGUUAUUACCUGGAAGGGUUAAUGAUUGUAGGAUUAUUUAUUUAUUUUGUUAACUUUAUCAUUGGAAGAGAUAAAAAUCAGCGUCAUGCUGAUACUUGGUUUGAAGAAUAUCGAGAACUAUUAGAGAACAAUUUCUCUCUAGUUGGUGACGAUGGUAAAAAAGAGAUUGAAAAUCUUGGCUUAAUUAAGGAAACUGAGAAUAUUUUCACUCUUUGGUGUAGCGGUAGAACUUGUAUUGAAGGAAUGCUAAUUGAAUUACGAUUCAAUAAACGACAAGAUCUAAUCAAUACAAUUUCCAGUAUAUUUAUGCCUUCAAAUGAUGAGAUUUUGAUUCGUAUUUACCUUAAUCAGGAUGCAAUGGAUACAUUUGUUUUCUCAGCUGCUCAGAAAAAAAUAGCUCCCAAAUUAGUUAAAGAAAUGAAUGAUUUUGCAACUUUUUCUCCUAAAAUAAAAUCAAUGGAAAAGUAUGGAGUCUCUGAGACUAAUUAUGUUAUGAUGAAUGAGAUCGGUGAAGUUGCCGGAGCAAUUUUAGAUUCAAAGAUUGUCAGUCUACUUAACAAAUAUCCCGAUGCCAUUCAAUAUAUUCAUAUAUCUGAUCAAUACUCUGGCUAUCGUUUAAAUGAAGAUGCCCCAUUAGUCAAAUUUCCCGAUCGAAGAAGAAUCAUGAUGUUCGGCUUCAAAUAUCCUAACAAUGGAACCCUUACCCUCGAAGAUGCUGCCUCUUUCAAACCUCUUCUCCAAAUGGUUUUCUAUCUAAUUGAAAAAGUCCGUCGAUUCCGACUAAGUCGUGAAGGUAAAAACAAGGCCAAUAAGAAUAGACAGAAACUGGAAGAAUUGUUUCUGAAGGCAACACACUCUCAGCGACAAGAAGCGGCUCAGGCCAAAAGAGAGGAGAAAAAGCGAGCCGAAAAAGAGAAGAUAUUAAAUGAAGAGGAUCCGGAAAGACAACGUAAAUGGGAAGAACGUGAAUAUAGACGAGAGAUGAAAAAGAAAACAUCGAAAAUGAAGCAGAUUAAAAUCAAAGCCAUGUAAAAAUUUAAUUUAUUUCAAUUUAGGAGAAUUUAUAAGAAAACAAAAUUUA